UUCUUGCCAAACUUCGACUUCAUCAUUGUUAUAGAUUGUUGAGUAGAACCUCUUCUCCGUUUGCGCGCCUCUUUCUGUAAACAUGCUGGUUUCCAUGCCAUCCUGGAGCUGAUCGGCACGGCAAACAAUCCAGCAACCUGUCUUAAGGUGCACUCAGCUUGAAAUGACGUCGUUCACAUGCAGCCGUGCCAAGGGCAAAAGUAUAAUCGGGAAGGAAAAAAGUUCCAGGAAACGGAGGAGUGAGCUGGGCAGCUGCGGAGGGAAUCUCGCAGGGUCCACUCCUCUAGCCUGUCCACUUCUCAUAAGCUCUGAGACCAAGGACACAGCUGGUUUCCCGGUGAUACUCAGCUCGGAGGACUUCAAGUGCACUUCACUGUGGCGUGUCACUUUGUGGAAAGUUUCGGACACAGUAGGCGGGAGCCUUGGAUGACCAGUAUCUGCAUAAAGAGGAAACUUAACAAAGCACCACUGCUCCAAUCUGCUGUGUCUCUAGCGUCUACCUUCUGGGGAAUCUGCAUCAUGAGUGAAAAAGGUUGUCAGCUGCUGGUGUCCCCAUGCAGCGUGUCCCCAUCACUGAGCAUGAUCAGAGGGCACCAAUCAAAAUCCAUCAGGAUACCUGUGUCUUCCCCCCAAAUGAGCGGUCACAGUCCCUCUUUAGGGCAAAUGGAGAAUGUGAAAAAAGGAACGAUCCAUUCUUUAACCUCUUUGCAAGCGAACGGAGGUCAGGUUGUCCUGCCAACCCUGAGCCUACGCAGACAGGUGCUGAUCAAUGGAAAGCAUGUAACUGGACCAGCCGCAGCCGCACAGCCACAGGCGCAUCCCCAGAACAUAAUGACGGCCGGCAAACCCGCAAAACUCGGCUCUUCUCACAAAAAUGUCAAAGAUCACACAGGGUCUGGGUCCACUCUGGACGUAUCGGGCCAGGCAGCUGCUGCUAAUCUAAAAGUGACCAGUAGUCCCAUGAGUGUUGUCACAGGCCAGCCAUAUACUGCAGGGCUUCAUCUCCCCUCCUCUCAUACUGUCCAAAUGCCCCACACUGAAGUCAGGUCUUUACCGUCCAGAGAAUCCCUGGCAUCCACUACCCUCAGCCUGUUUGAGACACAGUCAGUGUUUAGUGGCAGACAUGACUGGCCAUAUGGUUACCGUGUGCUUCCUCCCCUGGGACAACAUCAGUGCUCUGCCCAUGCCAGUGAGGGCGGUGAGCAGUUCAGCCUGUCCCCUGGCACCGCCAUGUCGGGUACUUCCACAUCAGGUGGCGCGAGCGCUUCUGCCUCCCUGCCGUCGUACCUUUUUGCCGGAGACGUGGGAAGCCCCAAACAGUCCUGUGCCCAGAAGAGAGCUCUCUCCUUGUCGCCUUUGUCGGAUGUUCUUGGAACGGAUUUCAACUCCAUUAUACGCACCUCGCCUACUUCACUUGUGGCCUACAUCAACGGUUCCCGCAGCUCGCCGCCCUCCCACUUGACACUCUCACCUGCUCCGUCGGAUGGGUAUGGUCACUUCCUGGGGGUGAGAGGUCGCUGCAUCCCCCAGGGCCAUCCCUACUGCAUGGCCGGCCCCUCACAACCUCCGGCGCCACAGUCGGACUGCGGCCGCAUGCAGGUGCUGGAGGAGGGAGGGGGUCUGGAGAGCCAGAUGGCGAACAUGAUGGUGGAGCAGCAGUACCUCCCAGAUGAAGGAGGAGUUCUGGAGAAGCUUUCGGACAGAUGCGGCCAAUCUAACAACAAUAUGCCGCCACCUCUGGAGUUAGAGCCCCCUCCUCUGACUACCGUCCAAGCAGCUGCUUCCCCACACGGGCCUCCACCACCUUACCACUCACACCAACACAUUUAUCUGUCCAGACACCAAUGCAGAAUGAAGCCUCCUUCUCCGGAGCCAGCCGCACAAGCUUGCAUGUUACCUCACAGGCAAGGCGUCAGUUUCUUGCCCCAAAUUGCAAUGCUGGAGGAGGAAGAAGGAGAGGUGGAGGACUGCAGCGCACACUGCUGUAGGUGGAUGGAUUGCAGUGCAGUUUACGACCAAAAGGAGGAGCUGGUAAGGCACAUAGAGAAGCUACAUGUGGACCAGCGAAAGGCAGAAGAUUUCACCUGUUACUGGGUGGGUUGUCCACGCAACUUCAAGCCUUUCAAUGCCAGAUACAAGCUUCUUAUCCACAUGAGGGUCCACUCAGGAGAGAAACCCAACAAAUGCUCGUUUGAGGGAUGUAAGAAGGCUUUCUCUCGCCUUGAAAACCUGAAGAUCCACCUGCGCAGUCACACCGGGGAGAAACCCUACAUGUGUCAGCACCCGGGAUGCUACAAGGCUUUCAGCAACUCUAGUGACAGGGCUAAACACCAGCGCACACACCUGGACACAAAGCCGUAUGCAUGCCAAGUGCCCGGCUGUGCAAAGCGCUACACUGAUCCCAGUUCACUGAGGAAGCACAUGAGGUCCCAUUCAGCUAAAGAGCAACAAUUACGGAAGAAGAUGAAAUCCUCUGCUGAUGCAACCCAAGACACCCUGACAGACUGUUUAACCAUCCACCCCCUACAUCCCAACCUCACCCCUCUGGCAAGGCUAGACAACAACUUGAACUUAUCUCCCGGUGCCUCCCAUGAGUCAUACUCUUCUGCACCGCAAGAGCAAGAUUUCUACAGCAGACCUCACCUGGCCCUGUCCUUCCCUUCACCAGAUAACUACAGGUUUGUUGAUCCUUCCCCUCAUCAGCUUAUCCCAGGGGACCCAUGUGGGCCUUGCUCCUCCACCUGCCUCCCGCAUCCUCCCUGUGGACCCUCCCUACAGCACAUCUGUGAUCUGAAGCAGCUCGGCCAGCCUCCUGAUGUGGCAGAUCACAGCCCAGAGUAUGGUAUCCACUUUCAAACUGGAGAUGGAUCAGCAAAUCAAGACUUAGAAGACCGAAAUUACUUCACUGUAGACCAUGGCACAAGUGAAGUCUCAUGCAUCUACACACAGGGAUGAUACUGCUCACACAGAGACAUGGCUGACUUACCUUUGCACUAUUUUGUAUUCCGGAUCUUUUAAAUGAGACAUUUCACAGCGGGAGCAUACACAUGGCAAAGCAUCCUGAAGCACGUUUAAUUUAUAAAAGCAUAUUAUGUGAUGAAACUAUCUGAAAUCCUAAGAAUGGAGAAGUCCAUUUUUAUUCCUCAUGUCUCUGUAAAUGCAUAAUCUGACUCAACACCCUUGGUUCUUCUCCCGAUCAACGCAAUGACUGUCCCUUCAGGGUUUUGAUAUUUGCUUUACCAGUUUCAUGCAUUUUCUGUAUAACAUGUUAUACAUCUGGUAGUUUCUGGUGGCAUUUUACACAAUGUCAAUACUGCAAUCAAAGCAAAGUGUGCAAAGGAUAAUUUAUUAAAGUUUUUCUUAGAACCAUAUCUUUGUAACUAUAGUAACAACACAGCCUUAACAUUUCACUGUAAUGUUCACACGCCUUACCUUUUCUUUGAAUAUACAGUACUUAUGUGGUAUGAUUGCUCCUCUUCCUAUCAUCAGAAAAAUGUGUACGUGAUGGAACCAGUGCCUUUGAAUGUUUUUCGUUGCAGAUUAUUCGCACUUUGCAUUGUAGUUAGCCCUCUGGAGGCGUGGCAAACGGCUUUACAUAGUUGGACCUCUUUGUUUCCAUUUUAUAUGCAUAUGUUUUAAAAAGUGAACAAGAUGAGGCUUCAAAAGCU